AUGGCACUGUCCUGUAGAGGUGUGUGCAGCGGAGCUUCUUUGAUCUUAUUGUAUGGAAAACGACCUGUCGGAGUCAAAGCAAGUCUCUGCACACCUAGACUGGAUUACACAAAAUCCAGUAGUUUGUGGUUUGUUAGACACUACUCACCUUCACAAGCAAGACAUGGAAUUGGUCGAAGCAUUGUGUCCGGUCUGAAAUGGACCAAUGAGAAAUAUGAGAGAUUCCUGCAACGUCGCUUUCCACGAUUUUACGUUCUCUAUCAGACUUUUAUGAGAGGUUUCCGACUCCUGUUUCAAGAUGGUAAAAAAGUGAGAAGAAUCAUAGCCUGCAUGCUGAAUGAAAAAACUGAGUACCAGAAUUUGCAUUACCGUGAUAUGGAGAAAAUCAGGCAGGUCCGCAGGGACUUAAUCAAAGCCAUCCCAUUGGUCAUCUUAUCAAUACCUCCCUUUGCCAACUAUGUGGUCUUCAUCCUUAUGUACCUCUAUCCUCGCCAGCUUCUGAUCCGGCACUUCUGGACCCCACAGCAGCUGGUGGAGUUUCAGGGGGUGUAUCAUGCCCAGAGAGCACAACACCACUGGGCUAUAGUCAAAGGGCUGGAGAGCAUAUCAACAUCUGUCCAAGACAGCCGCCUCAAAAGCCGCCUCAUGGAGCUCUGCAGUAAGGUCCGAAGUGGAGUCCAUCCUGUGGUGUCUGAUGUCCAUGCAGUGAGAACUUUGUUCUCUGGGCCUCCCUUGGGUAUCAAGAGAAUAUAUGCAGAUCAGAUGAGGCACCUGUGUCCUUUGCUUUUCCUGACGCCCCGCCUCCCAGGCUUCUGGAUUGGUCGACGCUUGAACAGCCACGCCUUAGAACUCAUGCAGCUUGACCGCGCCAUUGUUCGAUUAGGCGUGCACCAAUUAAACGAUGCGGAGCUCAGAGAGGCAUGUUACGUGAGAGGGCUGAAUCCUGACCAUCUGAGUCCCGGACAGUGCCGGGAAUGGCUCACACAGUGGUUGCAGUUCUCAACACACCUCAAAGAGUCAGAGACCUCCCUCUAUUUGCACUGUAUGGUGCUGCUCACUGUAAACUACCCUAAACACCCAGGUCACUGGCCUCAGAAAGAAGUAGAUGACUUCUCUUCCUAAUGCCCAGUGCUGAAAAUCCACCACCACACCCAAAGGCAAAACAUCACAGGAACAAACAGACUCAUGUUUGCAAAUCCAAGCAGGGCAAAACCUUUUUUUUUUUCUUUUUUUUUAUACAUGAGUCCUUUGGUUCAGUCACACAUUAUUUUCAUUAUGAAGGAAAUCUUUCAAGUUUCUGCAGGAAUUAUUCUUUAAAAGUGUUUCUUGGCGAUCCA